AUGUCGCUAAACCCCUUCAAGUUCGUUCACGACAAAGCUCCUGAGAAGCUCCCUACGAUUCUUCAAAAUCCGGAUAUUGUCACUCUUGUUCUCAAAUAUUUAAAAAUCAAAGAUACCGACGACGAAAUGCCCGCACUUUUGUUCGAUUGGAAUCAGGCCGGCUUCAACGACACCAACGUCCCAAAUUGUCGUAACGGUGUCGCAGGACAGACCCAAGAGGCUAUAAUCGCACACAUCCUUGCAAACGGAGCAACCGAUUUUAUGAAUCUGAACAUACUAUUCAUUUUUCGAAAUGGUCAAGCAAUUGGGGCUUGGCACAGGAAUUUCUGUGUGGCUUUGCCUUGGGCGAAACAUCAAGCUGGUGUUCCAGAUAUCUGUAACAACAUCUUAAGACUUAAUAAGAUUACGGCAGACACAGCCAAAGUCGAUAUCGAGAAUUUUUUAGGCAUCUUGUUAUAA